CAUUCGAUUCAAGGAUCUGGGAGCAGACUUCAAGACCCGCAGCUGAUCUUUCUCAUUCAAACUGUGUCCCCAGAGCACUGAGUAUGCACGCCUCCUCCUCCCGAGAACCGGCCCUUAACCCUCUCAACUCCACGAGGGCGCCCAACUCUAGCAGCUCAAAUGAGGUCAACAUGUUCGACAAGUUCAUCCAUAUGGACCAAGAACUUUACCAAGACUUUUACAGCCUGUGGAUAGCCCUGAUGGCGGUCAAUGCCAUCAUUUUCCUGGUGGGCGUUGUGCUGAACAGCUUAGCUCUCUACGUGUUCUGCUUCCGCACCAAGACGAAAACCACCUCUGUCAUCUACACCAUCAACCUGAUCGUUACUGAUCUACUGGUGGGCUUCUCCUUGCCCACCCGAAUCAUCAUGUACUACACUGCAGGGGACUGCCUGAAGUGUUCCUUUGUUCACAUCUUUGGCUACUUCGUCAACAUGUACUGCAGCAUUCUCUUCUUGACGUGCAUCUGCAUCGACCGGUACCUGGCCAUUGUGCAGGUGGAAGCCUCACGUAAGUGGAGGAACCCCAGCUGUGCCAAGGGGAUCUGUGUCUUCAUCUGGGUCUUUGCAACUGUGGUCACUUUCUCCAUUCUGACCAUGGCGAUAACCUUUGCACCCUGCUGCCUCGCCAAGAUCUUUGCCCUGAUGGUCUGCGAGUAUUUCUUCCCGCUCAUCAUCAUCACCUUCUUCACCACUAGGAUCAUGUGUGCGCUAUCCAAGCCCAGCCUCAUGCACCAGAGCCGUGAGAGGCGAAUGAGGGCCGUUCAGCUCCUGACCACUGUCCUCAUCAUCUUCAUGAUCUGCUUUACACCUUUCCAUGUGCGCCAGGUGGCCAUUUCCAUCAACCCAGACAUUCCCCAUAACAUCAGCUUAAUUGUCUACCAUGUGACCGUGACUCUGAGUAGCCUCAACAGCUGCAUGGACCCCAUCGUCUACUGCUUUGUCACCAACAACUUCCAGUCGACCAUGAAAAGUAUCUUCAGGAAGUCGGAGCCUGAGCAGACAAGUGGGGACAUCAUCAGUAUGAACAAGAGCUCCAAGGGCUCAGGUACAAAUGCAAUCAUUGCCUUCUCAAACACAAUAGGCAGCCCUUUGAGCUUACCUUCAACAAACAGUACACCGAUAUAACCAGCUCCUAGAGGCACACACUACAGUAACCCAGUGUGGAAUAUUUCUGGGCUGUCUGGUACUAUUGCCCUUGGCCUCUUGUUUUCUAAUCUGAGCUUUGGAGCGACUGUGUUAGAAUUUAUUCCUCGAGAACAUUAUGCUCUUUUUGGAAAGAGGAACUCUCAGUGCCAUUAGUACCAAUACAAAAGAAAGUCCAUUAAUAACAGUUCACAACAGGAAUGCUCUGUUUGCAUUUUAAUAUAUAUGUUUUACUCACAGCAAAUCCAUUACUGUUGUGGUCUUCUUUCACUGUUUCACACUGCCAUGUGACAGUAAGCUCCCAAACUGCAGGAGGACU